AUGUCAAAACUGCCAAGGUCUUUUAUUCCUUCUCGCCUGCCUCAAAAAGGAAACCUCGAAAAUUUGUCCAGAAAAAAAUUUUCACAAAGUGCAUUAAAACAACCCUUGAUAUCAGACCAACGAAACGAAAAGUCUUCUAUGUUUUCGCAUCAACCGUUAACUUUUAAAAGCUCCCUCAGAAAUGGGAAGACAAACAGUGCUAGACCAAGCAAGAUUCAAGAACAAACUAAUUCGGUACCUUCUCGCAGGGAGGUUGCAAAACAAGAAAAGGUGACAACACAACAUUCUAUCAAUGGUAGUCUGAAACGUAAGAAUGACGACAACUAUUCACAACAGACGCGAAAUGUGCGUAACGUCCCAUUUCGUAACAAACCGGAACAACCUUCAGCCGACAAACCAGAAUCUUCAAAACUCAACACUAACAGGACAAUUACAAAAGCUCGAACAACGAUUAAUAAAUCAACCAAUAAUGUCAGUGAGUUGAGAAAAAAACAACCGGAUUCAGCUGCUUCAUCUAAUAAACGAGAUUUGGAAACCCUUCGCGAAGAAAAUAAUUUACUUGUCGCCGAACUAGAACAACUCAAAGUAGAACAAAAGAAAUGGUUAGCCGAAAAAGAGCAACUCGAAGAAGAAAAGAAACAAAGUAUACUCAAUAAGAAAUCCCUAUUGAAUGAAGUUUGUCAAAUGGAGCAUCGUCUAGCGUGUGAGGAAGCUAAGGUUAUUGAACUUGAUGAGGCAUUAAACAAUUAUAGGAACCACUUAAGCAUAUUAGGCAAUGAGAAUAAAGAUUUGGAUGAAGAACGAACUCGAUACAAAAAUGAUAUUAAGUCAGCUAAGGAUCGAAUUUUAACUCAAUCUGAGAAGCUUGCCGAACAACAAUCUCACAUCACUGUUCUUGAACUAAGACUGCAAGAGCAGGAACAAAUCUGCCAGGAUCUUCGAAACACAAUUGAGGUACUAAAGGCCAAUAAAUAA